AUGAUCGAAGUGGGCGAACUGAAGAACACCUUCUCCGGUCGACAGCCACUUGUCUGGACCAAAGGCACAGUCGACGAUUUUGUGCACGAACUCUUCGAACCCCAAACAUCGCAGAACCUGGAACGGGGAAAGUUUGGCCGACUGUUCACAGCUCAAAAUCUGGCCCUCAUUGCUGGUUUUCGGGUCGAGCUGACGACCAACUUGGCCGAUCAUCUUCUGUUCCGGGACAGCGACAAGACUGUCAUGAUAUUCCACCAUGCCACGUUCCUUAGCCAUCAACUCGGAAACACAAUCUUCCCACCGGACUUCGUCUCAGAAACUCUCGACACACUUGCGCUUCUCUUCCCCCAAAACGACGCGGCUUCGCGGAAGUGGUACCGUAAACAAGGGGAGCGGAGCGAGCUCGACAUGGCGGUGCUCAAUUGCGGAUCGAGGCAUCGGAGGACUCGGCUCGAGGAAUACCAUUACUGGCACGAUCGGUUGUUGAUUCUCAAGGAGGAAUUCGACGAGGCGAGGCCGACGACGAUUGCGCAGUGGUGGAAUGAUCGGCGGGACGGCAUUCAGUGGUACAGUCUUUGGAUCGUCAUGGGUCUGACAUUGUUCUUCGGGCUGGUCCAGAGCAUAGAGGGAGCCGUUCAGGUGUAUCAGGGGAUGAAGUCGUCGGGCGGAUGA